AUGUCCCCGAUCCCUAUCACUAUCGUGACCGGCUUCCUGGGCUCAGGAAAAACCACCCUCCUCCUGAACCUUAUCCCCCAACUCCCCCAGAACUACCGUCUGGCCCUUCUGAAGAAUGAGUUCGGCGACGUUGCGAUCGACUCCCAACUAGCCACAACACAAUCCAUCUCCGGCGUCCGUGAACUCCUGAACGGGUGCAUCUGCUGCAACCUCGUCGGCCAACUCAGUGAUGCGCUGAACCAGCUCCGUGAAGAGGUCAAACCGGAUCGCAUCGUAAUCGAGACCAGCGGGAGCGCAUUCCCCGCGACGUUAGCGAUGGAAGUGAACCGGUUGGAGCGCGAACAGCCGGGCAGCUUUGUGCUGGAUGGGGUCAUCAGUGUGAUCGACGUGGAGAACUGGGAGGGAUACGAGGAUACAUCAUAUACGGCGAAGUUGCAGGCGAAGUAUACGGAUUUGAUCAUCUUCAAUAAGUGGGAGAAGGUGUCAGAGAGACGGUUCGAUCUUUGCCUGGAUCGCGUGGGGGACCUGGAGGUGCAAACUCCGUAUGUGAAGUCAGACAAGGGAAUGGUGGACAAGGAUGUGUUGCUGGGGAUUGACGGGGCUUUGUUUGUGAAGGAUGAUGGGGCUGGGCUUGCCGACGGGCAUCAUGAUCACGACCAUAGUCAUGGACAUAAGCAUGAUCACCAGUCCGAGGUUGAGGUGCUUUCUGUCACGUUGAAGUCCGCCCAACCUGAGCAGACCGUUGACGUGUCUGCCCUGGAGCAGUUGCUGCUCUCUGCACCCAAGGAUGAAGUCUAUCGAAUUAAAGGUAUCAUGCGUUGCUCCACACAAUCGCCCCCGGCUGAAUCGUCGGACGCCCUGGCUGAACCCAGACCCGCUGCGUCCCAGGACGGAACGACCAGGCAUUAUAUCCUCAACUGGGCCUUUGGUCGUUGGACCUUCACGCCCUCCGAAGUUGUUACAAAAACGGCUGACCCAGGCGAGGCUGCUCGCAUCACAUUCAUUUUGGCCCGGUACGAGUCUGGAAAAUGGAAGAAGAAGCUGGAAGCCGGUGGCUUGGUCCAAAUUGGAGAGGGAAAUGAAGGAGCCGAGCUGGUUGUUGAGCGACUGGUCUAG